CUUACUAGCUGCCAUCAUGUUCUCGCAAAAUGCUGGAUUCUGUCCACGACCCUUUCAUCAUGUUCCUCCUCUAGCAUUUUCACUUCCUUUCUGCGUAUUCAACGAAAAAUCUCGGACGCCUCCUAGAACGCCGUCACCGACUUUGAAGGUGACGUCUAAGGCGGAAAGUGACGCCUCAACGCCGUCCUCUAGUCAAUUGAAGUUUGGAAUAAACGCUAUAUUGUCGAAAGAUACUCCGUCUUAUAAAAAAACGCCUUCUCCUGAAAACAAAGUGGCAACUCCUACACGCAGAUAUUCGAUUCGAGCUCCUCCAUACUCCCCAGAAAUCCCAAAUUCAUACAUGUUCGACCCAUUCCAUUUUAGCCAAACCCAAGCUAAUCCGAACCCCCACUACAAUAUGCCAGCCAGCGGGCCAUCCGUUCUCCCGCUUCAUCACGCAUUCUCUUUAUUGAAUAAUAUGCGCGGUAAACCGAGGAGAGGAAUGCUUAGGAGAGCUGUUUUCUCCGAUUCUCAGAGGAAGGGUUUAGAGGACACAUUCCAAAAACAGAAAUAUAUUAGUAAACCCGAUCGGAAAAAUCUAGCAGAGAAAUUGGGACUAAAGGAUUCACAGGUAAAAAUAUGGUUUCAAAAUCGGAGAAUGAAAUGGAGAAAUUCAAAAGAAAGAGAAAUGCUUUCAUCAGGCAGGGAUAAACCAUCUACAAUACCGCAAUCACCCAUAAACGCGGAAGAGAGCGAUGAGGAUGAAAUUAACUUGGUGUCAUGACAAAUUUGAAGGAAAAGUGAAAAAGCUCUGUAAAAAUAGAGAGAAGUGAAUAAAUAAAUAAAAAAAAGAAAAUAAGAACAAGAGACUGAUUUUCUUUUUUUGGAUGGUGCUCGAACUUGGGGAAUUUUCUAAAUGCCAUAAAUGCUAGAUAUACGAUCCGCCUAAUUGAUCUUUAUUGGUUAAUCCGACUCUUAUUUACACGGAUCGAAACUGUCGACAAAACCCUAAGGCUAUUCUGGCUCUUCGACAAUUCGAAAAAAACGUUUAUUUAAGGGACGGAAAAAAAAAAGAAAAAAUCUUCAUAAACUUUAGCAAGCUACCGUUUCGUAUUAUUAAUGUUUAUCUUGUGACAUUAGUGUCAAGCUUUAAGACGCUUUUGUUGACAUUUCGAAUGUGUUUGAACACGGGACUGGUAGCGUACGGUGUUCGCUUAUUAAAAUAUACAUGUAUGUUUAUAUGUAAUCUAUCUCAAGAACCGUCUCUUUGUCAAUGAUUUUC